UAUACAUAGACCUUUGUACCAUCGUACAUAUUUCUCAUUUUUAUUAUUUGUAUUAUUAUUAUAAAUUUUAAUAUAAUUAAUAAAAAUGUUUAGGUCUGUUUUUAAUAAGCCCGUAUUUAAUAUUACAAAAAAACAUUUCGGAACUGGUCUUGUUUCGAAAAAUAAUACAAUGAACUCAUUUAAAUAUGAAACUUUAUCUGUAUCAAUGCCAAAACCAUUUGUUUGCAUGGUACAAUUAAAUAGACCUGAGAAACGAAAUGCUAUGAAUGGUAAAAUGUGGGAAGAAAUUAAACAAUGCUUUGAUGAUUUAUCAAUAGAGCCAGACUGCAGAGUUAUUAUUUUAUCAGCCAUUGGGAAAAUGUUUUGCGUUGGUUUAGAUUUACAAGAUAAUAUAAAUAUUUAUCAAAAAUUAUCAGAACAUGAAGAUGUUGCACGAAAAUGUAAAGUUUUGGAGUUUAUGAUAAAGAAAUAUCAAGAUUCUAUCAGUUCUAUAGAAAAGUGUGCAAAGCCAGUGAUUGCAUCUGUACAUAGCGCUUGCAUAGGUUCAGGAGUAGAUAUGAUUUGUGCUGCUGAUAUACGUUAUUGUUCCUCAGAUGCAUGGUUUCAAAUAAAAGAAGUUGAUAUCGGAAUGGCAGCUGAUGUUGGUACUUUGCAAAGAUUUCCAAAAAUAAUUGGUUCAGACAGUUUAGUUAGAGAACUUGUUUACACAGCAAGAAAGUUUUCAGCAACUGAAGCAUUGCAGUGUGGUUUUGUCAGUUCUGUAUUUGAUAGUCAAGAAAGUUUGUUGAAUAAGUCGAUUGAAGUUGGUGAAAAAAUUGCAAAUAAAAGUCCUGUUGCAGUACAAAGUUCCAAAUUAAGUUUGGUAUAUUCAAGGGAUCAUUCUGUUCAAGAAGGUCUCGAACAUAUUGCUAUGCAUAAUAAAACUAUGUUACAAAGUGAAGAUUUCGUAAAUGCAGUAACUGCACAGGCAACACGAAGUGAUCCACCUGUCUUUGCAAAACUAUAAAACUUCUGUAUUAUAUACUUCAAACAGUUUGAUUUAUUAAUGUCUGUGAAGGAAAAAGCUCAAUUAUUAUCAAAUAUUUUAUAUAAAAUAUAUUAGAUA